AUGGAGGUUCUGAUUUCAGCUGUGGCGGGUGAUCUUGUCAGCCGGUUCAUCUCUUUCCUGGUGCAAAGUUAUGGCACUCAAACAUGUGAGGAGGAGGAUCGUAGAAGGCUGGAAUGCAUCUUGCUAAGGAUGCACAUGGUUGUUGAGGAAGCAGAGGGGCGGCACAUCACAAAUCGAGGGAUGUUCCUGCAGCUGAAGACACUCAUCGAGGGUGUGCAUCUCGGGUACUACAUGCUUGACAAGCUCAAGUUCCAACCCCUUGGAGAAGAGAGCGUUGAAGAUGAUGAGGUGAGUCACUGGAGCCAAUCUCUUGCCGUUUCUACUUUUGACGCCGCCAAGCGCCUUCGUUUUGCUGUUGCUGCUUCUAUGAUGAAGAACACACCAAUAACAUUUAGUACCAGGAGCACAACAAAGUUGAAAAGUGUUCUUGCAAGCUUAGAGGCUACGACUGCAGAUAUGAGAGAGUUCGUUGUGCUCCUCGGCAGCUGCCCUCGCCUUCCUCGCCAGCCAUACUGUAUGCACCUAUACAUGGAUAAGUGCAUGUUUGGUCGCCACGUUGAGAAAGAGCAACUCAUCAACUUCUUGCUAUGUGAUGACACUCGUCACGAUUGCGCACAUAUUAGCAUCCUGCCGAUCAUCGGCCCGCACAGAAUUGGGAAGAAAACUCUGGUGCAACAUGCUUGCAAGGAUGAGAGGGUGUGCAAUCGUUUCUCCCACAUGUUUUUCUUCAAAGGAGAUGAUCUACGGAACGAAGUAUUUGCAUUGAACAGCCAGGCAGCCUCAGGGAAGUACUUGUUUGUUGUGGAUUUCAUCUUCGAUGUGGAUGAGGCAGCAUGGACAAACUUCCAGUCAUAUUUGCAGAAGUUGCCAGGUGCUGGGAUCAAAAUUGUAGUGACAGGCAGAGCAGAGCAAGUUGCAAACUUGGGGACUGCUCAACCGAUCAGGCUGAGGAGUCUGUCUCAAGAAGAGUACUGGUACUACUUCAAGGCACUCGCCUUUGGAAGCACGAAUCCUGAUGAGCACCCGAAACUGGCAUCUUUGGGCAUGCAACUAGCGGCGCUCCUACAGGGAUCAUUUCUUGGUGCAAACAUACUCGGGGAGCUACUAAGAGCUAAUCCAAGCACAGAAUUCUGGCGCGGAGUAUUAUCGAGCAUAAGAGGAAUAGUUCGUGAGCACUUGUUGUCCUUCGGCACGCACCCGGAGGACCUUCUUGGUAGAAAUUUUCCUGUGAAUUUCGGCAGUGCGGCCUUGGUGGGUGGUCAGGCUCAGGGAUACCUGGUGUAUGAUCUUAGGGAGGCUGGCCCUGCUCAAAGUGAGCUGCCAAAACUGACGUCGCAAGAACUACUGACAGGCCGUGAUAUACCUGUUGAAGACAAGUUUGAGGUGCUAGUAUGGAGAUCUCGGAUCCCGCCUUACUGCGACUACGUCGUUACCUACGAAAAACAGAAGAUUCAUGUGGCAGCGAGAAAACGUCAGCGCAAAUGUUAA